AGUGCCGGGCAUUUUACGACGACCAGUGACCACCACCUUUAUUAUCCUUCUCUCUAUUCCCCUCUGGCCUUAACUUGCGCUUGCGUCGUCUCGUCGCUUCGUCUUUAGAGCAGCGAGUGGCGCAAAGACUCCAAACCAAACAAACAUAACAUGCUCCACCGUCAUCUUUACUCCAUCACCGCCAUGCCCGCCUCCUCCUCGCCUUCUCAGAAGCCCAAGAGACUCUCCUCAAACCCUAAUUCUCUCCCCUGCAAGCACUCUCCCUCUGCAACCCUUGACAUUCUCAUCCUCAUUCUUGUUCUCUUUUCGUGCGCCUUCCUCGUCACCUCAUGCCUCUCGUACAUCUUCCAAUCCCUCUCUCAAAUCCUCCCGUCUCUCUCCGUCUCUCAUUCGGAUUCCUUCCAAGAGUCCCCGCUCCCUUACAUUGCAGGGUUUUUGGUUUUCUUCGUUCUGUCAUUGAUCGCCGUUGAGAUCUGCUGCAGCUACAGGUCGAGGAAAUGCGAGAAUCCGGGAUGCAAGGGGUUGAAGAAGGCCAGGGAGUAUGAUAUACAGUUGCAGACGGAGGAGUGUUUGAAAUCUUCCUCCAAGGAGAUCGAUAAUCUACCGUGGAAAGGAGGAUCGGAAGGCAAUCCGGAUUACGAAUGCCUGAGAUCUGAGCUGAGGAAGAUGGCCCCGCCCAAUGGACGGGCGGUGCUGCUGUUUCGGGUUAAGUGCGGGUGUCCCGUCGCAAAGCUGGAAGCGUGGGGACCGAAGAGAGGUCGGAAACACAAGAAGGGGAUCUACUCCGUCAACUCUCUAGGGAAAUAAAAAAGGAAAAGAUCCAGAAAGUGGUUUUUAACUUUUCACGGGGCUUCUACUGCAUUCUGGUUCUGGGGUAUUGUCAUAAGAGCAGAUGCUUUUUAGCAGAACAAGGGCACACUGGCUUGCUGAGAGAUGUCAAGAUUCACCUUUUUUUUCGCCCAAGCAGGUGUGAAGAUUCACUUGAAUAGAUUUGAAAUUAUUUAGGGACCACGCUUUGUUUAAAUUCAUAUGCAUUCUUCUCAUCAGUUGUGUACCAAACGUAAUGUCGCGGCCACUUGAGCUGUUAGAGCAGAUGGAACAUCUCUUUCUUAGCAGUGGAGAUAGGUUGACUCGUUUGUGUGUGUGAAAGAGAG